UCUUCGAACGAUCAGUUCGAUAGGAUUAUCUAUCUUCACGAUGAAGCUCUUCCACGGAUUACGAAAGUUUCUCAUGAGGCUCAUCGAUCUCACUCUCCCUUCCUCCUCUCGCCGGCCCAAGAGCUCACGCAACGGUUCCCACGACGGAGAGAGGUUUGAGCCGCCGAAGGUUUCGUGUAGUAGUUCGUACUAUUCGUCUCAUGUACACUACAGUGAAGCUAUCGCUGAUUGCAUAGAGUUUUUCAACAAGUCUUCGGCUAUGUCUUGUGAUGAAGAUCAUGAAGCUUACGUUUAGUGAUCAACAUCUCAAAAGUCAAAACUCACUUCUUCUUUUUUCCUUCAACAUUUGGUUCGAGGCUUUGCUUUUUUAUUUGAGUUAUUGUAAUUUUGAGAAACUUAUAUAAUUAUAUUAUGGUCAUUUAUAAAUUUAGUCACAUUUUUG